AUGUCAUCAAAGUUCGAGAUGAACGAUCUCGGAAAGCUAACCUACUAUCUUGGAAUAGAGGUACAACAAGAUAAAGAAUGCAUAACAUUGAGUCAAAAGCGUUAUGCCUUGAAGAUAUUAGAGGAAGCAGGAAUGGAGGACUGUAACCCAGUUCAUACGCCAAUGGAGGCUGGCUUGAAGCUCUCUAAGGCAACAGAGGAAAAAGACAUUGAUGCUACAACAUACAGAAAGCUCGUCGGGUGCUUACGUUACUUGUUACACACAAGACCAGAUCUGUCUUAUUGUGUAGGUGUGCUCAGCCGCUACAUGCAGAAUCCAAAGGAGUCCCAUGGAGCAGCAAUGAAACAGUGCUUAAGAUACCUACGUGGAACAACCACACUUGGACUUGUGUUCAAGAAAUCUUCGUCGGCUGCAAUGAAGUUAGUUGGCUACAGCGAUAGUAGCCAUAACGUGGAUCCAGAUGAUGGCAAGAGUACAACCGAUCAUGUGUUUUAUCUUGGAGAGAGUAUGAUCUCGUGGUGUUCACAGAAGCAAGACACGGUGGCCCUGUCUUCUUGUGAGGCUGAAUUCAUGGCAGGAACAGAGGCAGCAAGACAGGCAAUAUGGCUUCAGGACUUACUUGGUGAGAUCACUGAGACAGUUUGCGAGAAGGUUGUUAUCAAAAUAGACAACCAGUCGGCCAUUGCUCUCACCAAGAACCCGGUGUUUCACGGACGAAGCAAACACAUUCACACGAGGUAUCACUUCAUAAGGGAAUGCGUUGAGAACAGACAAGUAGAAGUGGAGCAUGUUCCCGGGACAGAACAAAAGGCGGACAUAUUAACGAAGGCACUUGGAAAGCUCAAGUUCAAGGAAAUGAGGGAGCUCACUGGCAUGAAGGUUGUAGCUGAAGAUGACUUCAAGCUUAGGAGGGAGAAUGUUGGCUUAAGCUUGAAGAUAGCUUGA